AUGCUAUUUUCUCUUCUAAUACCGACCGCACUUGGGGUGAUCGUCUGCACUGACCAAUGUCCAAAUGAGAUGUAUUGUCUAAGUGGAAGAUGCGUGGCCAAGUGCACGACGACGGCAGACUGCGAGAAGAGCUGGGGAAGGCCUGCCGAUGCGUUUAUCUGUUCAACCUACUGCUACUCCAAGUGUCUCUUUGACAUUGAUUGUGAUAUGAGCAAUGGCGAGACAUGCAUGGGAAACGUAUGUAGGAUAGAGUGUUCGGAGGACUCGGACUGUCAGUGGUCUCAAGUGCAGACCCUUAAGCAAUGCAACCUAACAACUAAGAAGUGCUUCUGGCCCUGCAAAGGAACGCCAAAUCCGGGGGAACUGUGUGCGCCAGAUGGCCUGUAUCGGAAGACGUGCUCCGACUGCCAGCAACCAAUGAUGUGCAUUAGCAACUACUGUUUCGAGGUCUGCGCAAGCUCUGAGGUAUGUAAGGAGGCUGACUCUGGCUCAAGCGGAUUGAAGGUCCAGCUUAAGUGCAUGAACGGGAGCUGCCAGCAAUAUUGCAUGGACGAUUCCAAUUGUGAGGGCAGACAGCUCUGCUCCACUAUUGGAACGUGUGCCUAUUUGUGCAACGAUGUAUCUUGCGCGUCAGUCGACAGGUGCGCGCCAGAUGGGGGUUGUAGGGACCUUCCAGACAAAGCUACUGGCGCAUGCUCAAAGCAGAAUCAAGUCGCAAUUGAUGGAUUUUGCUACGAUAGAGUUGAGAGCUCUACAUUGCGCACCAAUCCAUGUCCUUCUGGCCAACAGAACUUCAACGGUGUUUGCAAGUAUAAAUGCACCAACAACGAUGACUGUGAUGCAGGAUACUUGUGCCAGGAAAUAACUGGGGUCUGCACGCAAAGUCAGCUGUCCGUGAACAGACAAAGAUCAGAGAACUGUUGGCAUCUAGGGACUCAGCUAUACAUAGAGUACCAAAGUGGACAGGCCUGUCUAACCCUCUCACCUACAGGCAACACUCUCUGCUCGAUCGGUUUACCCUCCUCCCUCCUUCUAGAGCUAAAUGUCAGUACGUACAAGAAAACCAUAAGGUCUAUAAUUUUCAACUACAACUAUACCAACACUACUACGAUCUGCAUCACGUGCCCUGCAGAUGAUAUGAUUAAUUGCAAGAAAGCACUGCGCACAGGAGAGGCCGCUACCGUUGCCUUGACGACGCCAACCUUCUCAGCCAUAGCAACUGUCAGCAUCAUGAAGACCGUAACUGUGGAUUAUUCUAAGUGUUUUAUGGAGUCUGGAUCAACGCUUCAGAUCAUCAAUCCUCAAUUCAAACUAAAUGCGGAAGAGCAAGGCACUGUGUGUGCUGUUUGUGCCUCUCUGCAAUCGACAGGAACUUGCCCAUUUCUCUCUAAUUAUCCCGUACAUACUAUCUCCCUCACACUGAUAUCUAACUACAAGAGCGAGGUCCUGCCUCUGGAUACCUCCUUCUUUAACCCUGAUGCAGGCCUAUACUGUUAUGUAUUAGGAGACGCAGAGAAUGUAACAGCCAUGGCGGCCAUCCAGAGUUACCUCUUGGAUCCCUGGACCCACGGAAAUUUCACUAUAACGUCUAUUAUGGACGAAAUUGAAGUCACGAUUAACGUUGAUCUCAAUUUCAUGUCCACACCCUUUAUGCACUCGUGCUACUCACACGUUCUUGCCUACGUCAAUCCUGACAUGGUGUUCGUGGACUUAACCCCCAAUGCAACUGCAAUUGCAGAAGGGAAGUGUGACUCUCCUGCUGGUACAAACUAUGUCAAUGUCAUGAUGCUGCUUCUCAACGUAGUAACAAAUGAGCGGCUUCUACUUGAGUAUAAUAUAUCACGCUUUUCAGUAUCUUCUAAUACCAGGUUAUUUUUCUACCCUAACGGAUCGUAUUACAAUCUCAACGGUGUUAUAUAUCCAGAUGUGUCCCAAACAAGCACCAUCAAGGAGAAGACUUUGCAGAUGCAAGCUCUCAGGCGAUUCUAUACCGCACUGAGCAUCAAUUCUAGCGUUCUUCGUGGUAGUCUGCUCCUCAACUUUUGGCGAACAGGGGAGACAGCUCAAAGUGGAGUGGCCAAAUACUUUCUGGACAAUAUAGAGGCUUCCUGCUUCAACUACACUGUGGCCUCGGUGGCAGGUAGCGAAAUCUGCAUAACGUUGACCAGCACAGUUUCACCGACCUGCAGUAUACGUUACUUGCCUUCAUCUGAGGAUAUACUAAAGGAUGAUACUUUCUCGUAUGAUAUCUACGCAAAGAAUAUGACCGUUGAGGUAUUCGAUGCUAAGAAUCUAUCUGUAAGAACAGGCAUGCUUUCUAAAAUCGGUAACUUCUCCCUAAACACCACAGAGUACUGCUUUUCGUGCUCGAAUUACAUAUUAGGAAGCUCAUCAGACCCCGAUAUCGACGCAACUCUGUCUGCUACCGCUCUGUGUGAGAAAAUGUUAGGCGCUAUAUGGAAGAAUCGGUCCCAGCAGAUCAUAGGGUUUCGAGUUCAGCCUCUCAAUGGAACAGACGUGUCAUACAAUGGAACAGGAACACGUGACCAGACAGAUCCGUCCUAUCGUUCUGCAUUUGUGACCAUGACGAGCAUCCAAUCCACAAAUUACUCAAUUGUCUACGUGAUCACUUUUACACUAGGGGGCUGCUUGGUGCUAGUCAACAUAGCCCUGGGCGCAAUAAUGCUGCGUAAGGUGAGGGCUGAAAUGAUCGUCUUUGCAAAGCUUCGUCGCAAGCAGCUUCGUCGAGCUGCAAAAGAGCAGGAAAGAAGACAGCAGCGGAUGAGCACGUAG